GAAUUCUCCGUACUCUCUGCUCUCGAAUUAACUGUGGUUUGAUGUCACAUGAACUUAGGCCCGCAUCACUGCAGCGGUGUAGCCACUACUAAAUGCUGAUAAAUUCAGCCAAAAACCCCAAGCAGAUCGACAGUGUACCGUCUCAUUACACUUGUAAGCUUUAGCUCCGGGGCGAUCGAUCUCGAAUGGAGAAGAUCAAGAAGAGGGUGGCCAUCGUCGGCGCCGGCGUGAGCGGCCUCGCCGCGUGCAAGCACGCGCUGGAGCGCGGCUUCCGGCCCGUCGUCUUCGAGGCCGACGGGGCCGGCGCCGUCGGCGGCGUGUGGGCGCGCACCAUCGCCUCCACGCGGCUCCAGACGCCGCGCCCCUACUUCGAGUACUCCGACUUCCCGUGGCCGCCGGGCGUCACCGACCUGUACCCGGACCACGACCAGGUGACGGCCUACCUGCGCUCGUACGCGGAGCGCUUCGGCGUGCUGGAGUGCGUCCGCUUCGGCUGCCGCGUCGCCGGCAUGGAGUACGCCGCCGCCGGCGGGGAGGAGGAGGUCAUGGCCUGGGAGCACUGGGCCGGCAAUGGCGAGGCGUUCGGCACCGGCCGCGGCGAGUGGCGGCUCACUGUGCAGAGCGGCCACAACAUUGAGCUGCACGUCGCGGAUUUCGUGGUGCUGUGCAUCGGACGGUUCAGCGGCUUCCCCAACAUGCCGAGAUUUCCACCGGACAAAGGGCCAGAGGCGUUCGCCGGCACGGCGAUCCACUCCAUGGACUACUCCAACAUGGGCGCCGCGAAGGCGGCUCAGCUCGUCAAGGGCAAGCGCGUCGCCGUCGUCGGCUACCAGAAAUCCGCCGUCGACAUCGCCGCCGAGUGCGCAGACGCCAAUGGGGCGUCGCAUCCGUGCACGAUAGUGCUACGCACGAAGCGAUGGAUCGUGCCGGACUUGUACGCUUGGGGCGUCCCGGUUCCGGUGUUCUACAUCAACCGUUUGUCCCAGAUCUUGCUUCACAAGCCUGGGGAUGGCUUGAUCCUUAGCUUUCUAGCCAUCCUCUUAUCACCACUGAGAUGGCUCUUCGCCAAGUUUGUUGAGAGCUACUACAAAUGGGCUCUGCCCAUGGAGAAGCACGGCAUGGUGCCGGACGAGGAUUUCAUGGAGGCCAUGUGCUCAUGCUCUGUGAUGAAGCUACCGGACAAGUUCUACGACAAGGUGGAGGAAGGAAGCAUCGUUCUGAAGAAAUCGAAGAGAUUCAGCUUCUGCAAGGAAGGCCUGGUCGUGGAAGGCGACUCGUCUUCAGAGACCAUAAAGAGCGACGUGGUGAUCUUCGCUACAGGGUUCAAUGGCGACCAGAAGAUCAGGGAGAUGUUCAAAUCGCCAUUGUUCAGAGAAAUCGUGGCCGGCCCACCUUCCAGCAUAGUUCCACACUUCAGGCAAUGCAUCCAUCCUAGGAUCCCACAGCUGGCGAUCAUCGGCUACGCUGAAAGCUGGUCGAACCUCUGCGUGUCCGAGCUACUGUCCAAGUGGCUGGCACAUUUCCUCCAUGGAAGCUUCAGAUUGCCAAGCGUAAAGGAGAUGGAGGAGGACAUAGAUGAAUGGGACAAGUACAUGAAACGGUAUUCCCCCGGCCGUUUCCGUCGAUCUUGCAUUGGGCCGGUGAGCGUGCUGUGCAGUGAUCGGCUGUGCCAAGACAUGGGGGUUCAACGACGGAGGAAGAAGUGGUUGCUGGCAGAUUGGUUGGUACCCUACGGACCAGCCGAUUACGCUGAUAUCAACUUGAACAGCUGAAAUGGUGAUGGAAUCUGAAUCUUGAGGGCACCGAUGCCACAGCCAGCCGCCGCAUGCACCCUCCCCUCUCGCGCCGCCGCUCGCCGGCCGUCGAGGUAGUGCUGGUACACGUACGAGAGAAACCCCCACACGGCCAUGAGCAUGGCUACCACCUUGGUGCCCGUCAUCUUGUCCCCGAACAGCGCCACCGCCAGCACCGGCACCAUCGGCAGCGCCAGGGUGCCCGUCACGUUCGCGAACAGCGACGACACCCUCGCGAUCAGCCUCACGGCGCCCAGCGUCGCCGCCUGCCACCCCACGGCGACCCCCACCACGGUCGCCGCGUACGCCGCCUUCCCGCCCUUGAACGCCGCCAUCUCGCCGCCGAUCGUCCUCCACUCCCCCGACGCGAACAGCGCCGUCGCCGACACCGUCGCGGCCACCGCGUUCGUGGAGAUCUGCAUCUUGAGCACCCACCGCGGCGUCGCUGCUCCGAUCACCUUGUCGAAGGUGGCCUCGAACAGGGACAGGAUGAGCGCGUAGACGGCGGACGCGGACAGGGUGAGGACGACGCCGGCGGCGUGCUUGCCACGCUGAACGGCGUCGCCGCCGGCGCCGCCGCCGACGGAGGAGGAGGGGUCGUCGACGCCGAGCAGCGCGGCGGAGAAGGUGAGCACGACGACGGAGUUGACGACGAGCGGCGUGAACCGCUGCGCGUUGAUGAGGCGCGACGUGACCGCGUUGAACGCCAGCUGCGUCGCGGCGAGGAGCGAGAACGUGGACACCGGCAGGUACAGCAUGGCGUACGAGUACAUGAGGUUGUCGCAGCCGACGACGAGCCCGAGGGCCACGCAGAUGGCGACCAUCUUGGAUGCCGCCGGCGCCGGCCGAGGCUCCCCGACGGCGGCGGCCCGCGGCGUGAGGAGGAAGGGGAUGACCAGCAGCGGCGCUCCGGCGGACUGCGCGAGCGUGACCAUCCAUAGGCUGUUGCCGCCGGAGUUGUAGUAGAGGCGGGUGAGGAGAGGCGCCAUUGCCUCCCCGACGAGCAGCAUCAGCAUGUCCACCAUCACUGGCACCCACCGACAUCGUCGAACGCCUCUUCUCCUCGCGAUCGGCGGCCCAAGCGCAGCUUGCCCCUUGCAGAUUUCGCCAUGGCAGGAUUCCUCCUGUCCGGGAGUAUCUUGGCAGAAAGAAAGUUACAGUAAUUUAGCGUACGUGGUGUAAGUGUGAUCGAACCAGUGAAGUUUAAUUAUUGUCUGAGCCUGUUCUUAACGCAGACAAAUUAAAGGAUGUACGCAGUGAGACAUGCGUACGUACGCACUGCGCAGCUAAGGUUGCCGUGAACUGCUACUACUAGUGUACUACCCGUUGCUUUAAUUUGACAAUCAAAUUGAAGAGAACCAAUCGUGUGGCUAGAA